CUAAUUAUACACACCAGACACCGGGUCGUCGUCUUGGGUUUGGUACGAGGAUAAGCAGAUAGCGAGCAGGCAGCCGGCGGUUGCCUCGACGCAGAGACAGCGACAGCGAGCAACAGGCGACGCAUCGACAGAGACAGCCAGAGUGUGACAAGCAAGAUGACAGACGUUUCGGUGCUGUUCGUCUGCCUGGGGAACAUCUGCCGUUCACCCAUGGCCGAAGCCGUCUUCAGACACAUCGUCAGCAGCCGGGACGGCAAGACGGUGAGCUUCUCGAAGCUGGACUCUGCGGGGACAUGUGCAGCGCAUCUUCACGACCCUCCGGACCCGCGGACGAUGUCGACGCUGAAGAAACACGGCAUCACAGACUUCACACAUGCAGCCCGCCGAGUCAAGACGUCCGACUUCACCGAGUUCGACUACCUCAUCGCCAUGGACCAGGAGAACUACGACUCGCUGAUGUACUCCCGCAGCAGAGUCAAGGGGGAGAAGCUCGCCGAGGUGAGGAUGUUUGGAGACUUUGACGCUGACAGGCUGGCGGACGGCGGCAGAGGGGAGAGCGAGGAGGUGCCGGACCCUUACUACGGAGGCAGAGACGGCUUCGACCGUGUCUAUGACAUGGUCACCCGGCUGUCCAACGGGUUUAUAGACUAUCUGGAGAAGAAGCAUGCAGUUGAUGCCGCCAAUUAGAAGAUUAUUCAUAUCUUACAACCAUAGUCUUUUACAUCUUAGAUACUUAUACUCGCUGCGAGAUCUGAAUGGCAGCUCGACAGCCCAGCCUGAUGACCCCUAUAAGCGGUUCGUAUGGUUUGGCUUCCUUUGCAUCGUUCUCGACCGCAUGAUCCAGGUGCUCCAGCUCCUCGUCCCUGAUCCGCUUCAACGUCUGCACCAGCUGCUUCAGCUCGUCCGGGACCACCUCCCCGCGGGCCUCAGCGUCCUCCAUCCAGCCUGCCAGAACCCGUAUCUGGUCGUUGUAGUGCGUUCCGAUCUCUGUCUCUACGGCUUCGGUGCAUGCCAUGGCCGCCUCCCGGCCCAUCACGCCUGUCGACCACCCGAGAAACGUGGCUGCGGCCUGCCAGGCGGGGUACAUGGCCGUUGGGCGCACGCGGUGGGAUGCCAGCAUCUCGGUGAAGACAGAGAAAUGGCCUGCUUCCUGGUCGUACAUGUGUUUCAUCAGCGGGCGGAGGUGAGGGUGUGAACGCAGGACGGGGGGGCUCUGGGCCGCGUAGAUGAGGGUUGCGGCCAGCUCGCCCGCGUGGUUGACUCGGAGGGCACUGCUCAGGUACGCCUUUUGCGAUUCACUCAGUUCCAUCAUCUUCUUGCCGCCAUUGUCUUUGUUCUUGCUGCUGCUGCUGCUGCUGUCGUUGAUAUCCCGUGUAGAGCUGCUGUACCGAGCUUGUAUCUUGUAUGCUGGCUGCGCGGUUGACAGACACCUCCGGCACGCCGGCCGCACUCGGGACACCAGCCCAGCCAUUUCUCCUCCAGUCCGCUGCCUUACACUCUCUCUUCCUCUCCAGUGUCUUUAUUCUGUCUUCUCUUCUGCCUCGUCUUCUCGUCUUCCCGCUUGUUUGUCGCUUUUUCUCUCCGGCUUUUGCUUUCCUCGACGUCAAAACUAGGCCCAUCACGUGAUCCAAUCUUUCAACUUCAACUUUUUCGUGGCGAAAAGAAAGACGAGAAGAAGAAAAAGGCGAAACGAACGAGCGAGCGAAGAGGCAUCAGCAGCAGUCAUCGCCAUCAGCAGGCAGAAGUCGACUAGUUAGGGAGACGCCAGAGACACG